AUGGGCAUUGCAGGCCCCGUGGCCGCAGCGGCGCCUUCAGACGCUGCACUGCAGCAGCUGCUGGGCUGCCUGCGCACGACGGACACGGGCGCGGCGGAUGUGGUUUUCGAGGCAGCAUGUGUCCUCAUGCUUGGUUCUGGACAUGCGACUGCCAGGCAGGUGCAGCUGGCCGCGGCGCCCGGCUUCCUCAGCCGUGCGGUCGCCUGCAUCGGCAGCGCCAACCGCACCGCUUUGACCGCCGCCGAGGCGGUGCGAGCCAUGACGACGCACUGCGCCGAAUCUGCUGCCCUGGUGCUGCGGGAGGAGGGCAUGGUGCGGGCGCUGGUGCGGCUGCUGGACCCUGCCAAGGCGAAUCCCGACCGCUCGCUGCGCGACGCUGCCUUCAAGGCCUGCGUCGGCCUGCUUACAAAGUGCGGCACUGAGGGCCGCGCCGCGCUCGCCGCCGAGCCCGCGUUCGUCGCGGCCGCCUGCCGCAUGGUGGGCAGCUGCAUCGCAGACUCCCUGUAUGUCAGCCUGACGGCCCUGUCCAGCCUGGGGCAGGACUGCAGCACGCCGCCGGCCGGCGAGGGCCGCAGCCUGCUGGCGGCCAGCUUGCGGGCGGGAGACCUGGAGGCGCUGGCCGGCGGCCUGGCCAAAGCAGUGCGGGACUACGUGCCCGUGGGCAACAGCCUCCCGGCGCACGACAACGAGCCGCUGCGGGGCGCAGCGGUCAGGGUGCUCAAGCUAGCGGCGUGGCUGCUGGCAGACCCUGGGCUCGGGGACGGCGCGGCGCGGGCGAUGCCGCCCGGCGCUGCGCUGCACAUUGGCGCUUUGGCGCUCGGCGUGCCGGGCGCCGACCCCCGGGACGACGAGCUGCGGGGAUUUGCUGGCCGCGCCCUGGACGAGCUGACGCGUCGAAGCGUGGAAGCCGCGGGGACGAUCCUGAUGCAGGAGGACUUCGCCGUCGCACUGCUGGACGGCUGGGCCGCCGGCGCCGGCCCCGGCACUGCCGCCGGCUCGCGCGCGCCCCAGUUCAUCGCGUGGCUCUGCCGCGUCGAGGGCGCCCCCGUGCCCCCCCGCGCGCGCGGCGCGCUGCUGUCGGCCAUCGCGCGCGGGCUCUAG